AUGCCGAGGUGUAAUACGGUGGAGGGCCCCGGGGGCCACAGCAACUACAAGGCGGCCAUGAACGGCGUCUGCAAGAGCGAGCACGGCGGACUGAAGAACGGAUACGUGAGGAGCGGAGUCCCGUCCGAGGAGGAGAAGUUUCAGAAUGGCGGACUGUACAAGCGGCCAUUCCACGAAGCCUUUGAAGAGACCCCCAUGCUGGUCGCCGUCCUCACGUACAUGGGCUAUGGGAUCCUGACCCUGUUUGGGUACAUGAGAGAUUUCUUGAGAGCCUGGAAGAUUGAAAAGUGCCACAAUGCCACCGAGCGCGAGGAGCAAAAAGACUUUGUGCCACUCUACCAGGACUUUGAAAACUUCUACACGCGGAAUCUGUAUAUGAGAAUUCGGGACAACUGGAAUCGGCCAGUCUGCAGCGUUCCUGGCGAACGGGUAGAUGUUCUGGAAAGAUACACCGAUGAUUACAACUGGACCUUCAAGCCGGGUAAUAAAGGGUGUGUGAUGAAUAUGGGCUCCUAUAACUACCUGGGUUUUGCAAGGAAUCACGGAGUAUGUGCCGAUGCUGCAUCCAGUGUGCUGCAUCAGUAUGGAGGAGGUGUGUGUAGCACACGGCAAGAAAUGGGUAAUCUAGAUACACAUGAAGAGCUAGAGCGCCUGGUUGCUCGCUUUCUAGGAGUGGAGGCUGCCUUGGCAUAUGGGAUGGGUUUUGCUACAAAUUCCAUGAAUAUUCCAGCACUGGUUGGAAAGGGGUGUCUGAUACUAAGUGAUGAGCUGAACCAUGCCUCGUUGGUCCUGGGUGCCCGCCUUUCGGGGGCAACAAUACGCAUCUUCAAGCACAAUAACAUGCAAAGCCUGGAGAAGCUGCUGAAAGAUGCCAUUGUACAGGGCCAGCCUCGCACACAUAGACCCUGGAAGAAGAUCCUCAUUGUGGUGGAAGGGAUUUACAGCAUGGAGGGAUCCAUUGUCCGCUUACCUGAAGUUAUUGCCUUGAAGAAGAAGUACAAAGCCUACUUGUAUCUGGACGAGGCACACAGUAUUGGUGCGCUGGGACCAAAUGGCAGAGGGGUAGUGGACUAUUUUGGCUUAGACCCCCAAGAUGUGGACAUCAUGAUGGGGACGUUUACCAAGAGCUUUGGAGGUGCUGGAGGCUACAUUGGUGGCAGUAAGGUCCUCAUAGAAUAUCUACGAAAACACUCACACAGCACUGCAUACGCUACCUCCAUGUCUCCGCCCGUGGUAGAGCAGAUCAUUACCGCUAUGAAGUGUAUCAUGGGAGAAGAUGGAACCACUGUGGGUCGGCAGCGGGUGGAGCAGUUGGCUGAGAAUACGCGAUAUUUCAGACGUCGCUUGACCGAGAUGGGCUUCAUCAUUUAUGGCAACAGCGACUCUCCGGUGGUCCCGUUAAUGCUUUACAUGCCAGCAAAGAUCGGGGCAUUCGGGAGAGAAAUGCUGAAGAGGAAUAUUGGUGUUGUGGUCGUGGGAUUUCCAGCCACCCCCAUCAUUGAGUCCAGAGCUCGCUUCUGUGUGUCGGCCGCACAUACCAGGGAGAUGUUGGACCUGGUGAGUGUUCUGUGUCCUACCAGCUUUCAUUGUUGUCUGUUGGGGUUUAUUUUGUAA